GUUUAUUAUUAAUUGGGUAGAGCUGGAACAAAACGAUCCAGUGCUGAGCUACAAGCAGACCAAGUUAUACUGGAGUUAUCUUAUUUGCUAUUUCUUGUUAUCAGUUUAAUUCAAGUUGCUUAAAAAAUGUCCACGAAAUCAAUAAUGACCGUUCGCGGUCCCAUCGAUCGCAAGGCACUUGGCUACACGCUGACCCACGAGCAUCUGUCGAUGGUGUUCGAUCACUUCUACAGGGCGCCCCCGGCCGGACUCGAAGAGUACACGGCCAAUAAGAUUUCGCUCCAAAAUGUGGGCUUCGUGCGGCAGUAUCCCUACAGUUGCAAGUACAAUCUAAACUUCGAAGACGAGGAUACCCAUCGAGCGGUUCUCAAUGAUUUGAAGAUGUACAGAAGCUUCGGCGGUGGAUCAAUUGUGGAAAACUCUUCACACGGACUAAAUCGAAAUCUUAAGUUCUUAUAUGAGGUGUCAAAGGAAACUGGUGUCCACGUGAUAGCCGGAACCGGUCAUUACAUUAAUGGUGUGCAGCCGGAAUCUGUGACCUCGAUGAGCACCGAACAGCUUUGUGAUUUGUACACCAAAGAAAUCCUUUUUGGAGUUGAAGUCGAAGGAAUUGAUCCCGAGGCGGGGAACAUUAAGUGUGGCGUCGUAGGUGAAGUUGCCAGCUGCUGGCCCAUUUCGGCCUUCGAAAAACGUGCAAUUCAAGCAACGGCCGAGACACAGAGUGUGCUGAACUGUCCGGUAACGUUUCACCCUCAUCGGGAGAAGGAAGCACCCUUCGAGAUUAUACGACUAUAUCUGGAGGCUGGCGGCAGAGCUAAUCGAUGUGUCAUGUCUCAUUUGGAUCGCACCCUCUUUGAUUCGGAAGAUUUACUGGAGUUUGCCAAGCUUGGAACUUACUGUCAGUUUGAUCUGUUUGGGACGGAAUGUUCUUACUAUCAGCUGAAUCCUUCAAGCUACAUGCAAUCGGACGAACAACGACUUACAAAUAUCGCCAAACUUGUGGCUGAGGGUUUCGAGAAGCAAAUUCUCAUGUCCCACGACAUUCAUACUAAGCAUCGUUUGAUUGACUUUGGGGGCCAUGGCUACAGUCAUAUUCUCAACAACGUACUGAUGCGUUUUAGUGCCAAAGGUAUUUCAAGUGAUACGGUUGAUACGAUCACUGUCUCGAAUCCUGCCGAUUGGCUCGAAAUGACGGUGUGAUUGAGACUUUUUUUGGUUUCACUAGUAGGAAAUAGAUUUAGAGUUUCAUGAAGUCGAAAAGUUUUAUACCAUAAUCGCCAUGUUUUUUUAACUGUAGAGUUUAGUAAAGCCACGAAUAAAACAGUCAAAUUGUUUCCAA